AUGUACAUAAGGUGUAUAUUCCUUUGCCCCACAAUACAUUGCAAGCGCAAAUUAGACCUCUACGUGGCAUCAAACAAAGGAGUGUUUUUGUCACUUGGCGCCGCCCUCCCGCCGCGGUGUCCGUGGCGACGAGAGGCCGCGAGCGUCGGCCGGCCGCGGAUCGAUAUCGCCCGAGAUCUCGGCCUACGCGCCCGCCUCGCCGGCCAUUUGCCUACCUCGACGCCUCAGGCUCGUGUGUACAUAACCCGCCACCCACCACCCUACACCGAUACACCCCCGCAGAUUACCGCCUACAAAGCAAACUUCAUUGGUACGUGCAUGCAAUAUGCGCAAGGAGCAGGCCAGAAUUGUGCCUCGGACCUCCACCCAGAUUGCUUUGAUACUCGAGCGACCUCGUAUUUAGCAAAGGCUAUUCGGGGCUAUUGCACAAUGAAUCUUAGCAAGGCCUAG